UACGGCUAUAUAAAUACAGUCGUUCUUGGAUAUCACCACAAGCGUUCACAAAGCUUCAGCAAUUACAAAGCCAUCUGCACGUGUCCGUCGACCUGCAUACUACUGUAACUCUGUAAGUGCCCGCCGCGACCGCAAGCAUGUGCCAAGCGGCGAGAGCGUACCACAACAAUGGCCUGAUCGCGUCGGUGUCGUCUCUCCUGAUCUCGCUCGUCAUGAAGCCCCUGGCCAAGAGCGCCAUCCUCACGGGCCGCAGCAUCCUCGCCCUCGUCGCCGGCGAUGGCGACAGCAGCUCCGUCGUCGCCGUCGCCGACGCUCCACGUGGGCGGCAUUGCGAUCGCUGCGCCGCGUGCGAAGACGGCGCGCGCCUGUCGGGCUCCGACGCCGCGGCAGUCAUGGCGAGCCUCGGCCUCGUCGUUUCACACGGUGACGACGACGACGACGACGACGACGGGAUGGUUGAGUGCGGCGGGUGCGAGGCGAUGUCGGUGGUGGAGGAGGUGGCGUGGGGGAGCAAGGAGGCCGGGGAGGCGGAGCUGCGGGAGGCGUUCGGGCUGUUCGACCGGGACGGGGACGGGCUGGUGAGCGCGGCGGAGCUGUGGGGCGUGCUGCGGAGGCUCGGGAUGGCCGAGGGCACCAGGUACGAGGACUGCGCCAGGAUGGUCGCCGCCGCGGCAGCCCGCCACGGCGACGCUACCGGCGGCGUUGACGCCGGGCUCGGGUUCCCCGAGUUCAGGGCCAUGAUGGAGCACGCGGUUUAAGUACGGGAAGUACGUAGUUAAACCUAAUUAAACGGUGGUGCAGCACGGGUUUGCACUGUUUCAGCCAUGUCCAUACACGCUUUCAGUUUCAGUUUCAGCCAUGCUACUGGCAUUGGACGGUAGGAAAUGAGUAGUAAUACUAUGUUUUACCAAUGUCGUUGAAUUUAUAAUAAGAUGUAUGCGUACAAGUUUUCAGUUAA